AUGCCGAUUGUUCCAACUCAAUUGCGCAACCACAAGGUCUGGGUCGUGAUUCUGACAGGUCUUGACGAACCUACAAUAGAGUCUUAUCCAAAAACUUUGUUAGGUGAAAGUGGGCGACUGCCUAAGCCUAAUGACAACACUUGUCCAAUAUGCUUAUCUGAGUAUCAACCUAAGGAAAGCUUGAGGACCAUACCCGAGUGCGAACAUUACUUCCAUGCUGAUUGCAUUGACGAAUGGCUCAAAAUGAAUGCCACGUGUCCAUUGUGUCGCAAUUCACCGGAGAGUUCUGCUGGAACCCCUUCUUCUACCUUAACAUCUUCGCAUUCAUCUGGAACCCCGUCUUCUACCUCAACAUCUUCACAUUCGCCGACAGGAUUAUCACCUUAG